CGCCUCCUUCCUUUCCCGUCUAGGGACCGAACGCAGCAUCAGCACCGUCCUCAGCAUCCUCGCCAUCCUACCGGCCCGGGUGAAGCCGCCGCUGCCUCGCAGCAGCGCCUGCCUUGGCGCCUGACCUCGCCUGGGGAGGAACGGGGCUUGCUUUGCCUGGGCGACCGAUCCACGCAGCAGCGGCCGACGACACGCAAGGGGAGGCUGCCGCUGCCGCUUCAGUAAAACCUCUCCUUUUUAUUCCUCCGGCUUGGCAGGGGCUGAAGGGCUGGGCGAUGCGGCGAUGCCGCCGCGAUGAUGCGCUGACGACGCUGCGCCUUCGGAACUAACCGGGGUGUGCGCGCUCGCUGCUUGCCCUCCCCCCGCGCCGCGAGGAGGAAGAGGAGGCGGAGGGGAGACGGUGGUGGCGGUGGUGGUGGGGGGCUCUCCCCCCAUCCUCCCCAUUGUUUCUGGGUUGCUGCGCGUAGGCAGGCUCGGCUGGACGGCGACGCCAAGAUGCACAAGCACCACCACUGCUGCCGGUGCCCGGAAUGCUACGAGGUGACGAGGAUGGCGGCUCUCCGGCGCAUGGAGCCCCCCAGCUACGGCGAGUGGCAGCAGCAGGAGCAGCAGUACGCGGGCGGGUAUGGGGGCUACGGCUCGCAGACCCUGCCCUCGCAGGCAGGGGGCGCCACCCCCACAGCCCGCGGCAAGGGCAAGCUCAUCCCCACCUCCCGCUGCGACAACGCGCCCCCUGCGCCCCCGAAGCAGGGCCCGGCCAAGAGCUGCGGAGGAGGUGGAGGCGGGACCCCCAAGAUGAACGGAGGCAGCCCCGGCUGGUGGCCCGAGUGUACCUGCUCUAACCGCGACUGGUAUGAACAGGCCAGCCCCUCGCCCAUUAUUGUGAACACAGAAACCCUGGAGCCUGCCCUCUCUGUGAAUGGCAGUGACGGGAUGUUCAAGUAUGAAGAGAUUGUCCUGGAAAGGGGAAAUUCUGGCCUUGGAUUUAGCAUUGCUGGAGGGAUCGAUAAUCCACACAUUCCUGAUGACCCUGGCAUUUUCAUAACCAAGAUCAUCCCAGGUGGAGCAGCUGCCAUGGAUGGGCGUCUGGGGGUGAACGACUGUGUCCUGAGAGUGAACGAGGUCGAUGUUUCCGAGGUCGUGCACAGCAAGGCCGUGGAGGCCCUGAAGGAAGCGGGGCCUGUGGUGAGGCUCCUGGUGCGGAGAAGGCAGCCCCCACCAGAGACCAUCAUGGAGGUCAACCUGAUGAAAGGACCCAAAGGGUUGGGCUUCAGCAUCGCCGGGGGUCUCGGGAACCAGCACAUCCCUGGAGACAACAGCAUUUACAUCACCAAGAUCAUAGAAGGUGGUGCGGCUCAGAAAGAUGGGCGGCUGCAGAUUGGCGACCGACUGCUAGCAGUGAACAACACCAACCUGCAAGAUGUCCGACAUGAGGAGGCCGUGGCUGCACUGAAGAACACUUCGGACAUGGUGUACCUGAAGGUGGCCAAGCCAGGCAGCUCCCACCUCAAUGACAUGUAUGCGCCACCUGACUACGCCAGCACUUUCUCUGCCUUGGCUGACAACCACAUAAGCCAUAACCCUGGCCUGGGCUACCUUGGAGGAAUGGAGAGCAAGCCAGCUUACCCUGCUCCGCCCCAGGUCGCGCCUGCCCGCUACUCCCCUGUGCCACGCCAUAUGAUUGGGGAUGAGGACUUCACCAGGGAGCCCCGGAAGAUCACCUUACAUAAAGGCUCCACAGGCUUGGGCUUCAACAUUGUGGGGGGUGAAGAUGGUGAGGGCAUCUUCGUCUCCUUCAUCCUGGCAGGGGGCCCAGCGGACCUGAGUGGGGAGCUGCGGCGUGGAGACCGCAUCCUCUCGGUGAAUGGCGUCAAUCUCCGGAACGCGACCCAUGAACAAGCGGCGGCUGCCUUGAAGAGGGCCGGGCAGACGGUCACCAUUGUAGCCCAGUACAGGCCUGAAGAGUACAGCCGUUUUGAGUCUAAGAUCCAUGACCUCAGAGAACAGAUGAUGAACAGCAGCAUGAGUUCAGGAUCUGGCUCUCUUCGGACAAGUGAAAAGCGGUCUCUCUAUGUCCGAGCCCUUUUUGACUAUGACCGAACUCGGGACAGCUGCUUGCCCAGUCAAGGACUGAGUUUUUCUUACGGGGACAUCUUGCAUGUGAUCAAUGCCUCAGAUGAUGAGUGGUGGCAGGCAAGGCUCGUGACCCCUCAUGGAGAGAGCGAGCAAAUUGGCGUCAUUCCCAGCAAGAAAAGAGUGGAAAAGAAGGAAAGAGCACGGUUGAAAACUGUGAAGUUCCAUGCCCGAACUGGAAUGAUAGAGUCCAAUCGGUCGAUCAAAACGAAACGUAAAAAGAGUUUCCGCCUCUCUCGAAAGUUCCCAUUUUACAAGAGCAAAGAGAACAUGGCUCAGGAGAGCAGCGUACAGGACCAGAGCGUGACAUCAAACACCAGUGACAGCGAGAGUAGUUCCAAAGGGCAAGAGGACACAAUUCUGUCAUAUGAACCUGUGACCCGGCAAGAAAUUCACUAUGCGAGACCAGUGAUCGUUCUGGGACCCACGAAAGACCGAGUCAAUGAUGAUCUCAUCUCAGAGUUCCCACACAAAUUUGGUUCCUGUGUGCCACACACUACCAGGCCUAGGCGUGAGAAUGAGGUAGAUGGGCAGGAUUACCACUUUGUGGCGUCCCGGGAGCAGAUGGAGAAGGACAUUCAAGACAGCAAGUUUAUUGAGGCUGGGCAGUUCAAUGACAAUCUCUAUGGGACCAGUAUUCAGUCUGUGCGGGCUGUAGCAGAACGGGGGAAGCACUGUAUCCUUGAUGUGUCUGGCAAUGCCAUCAAGAGGUUGCAGCAAGCACAACUGUACCCAAUCGCCAUUUUCAUCAAGCCAAAAUCCAUCGAAGCACUCAUGGAGAUGAACCGGAGGCAGACAUACGAACAAGCCAACAAGGUAUUUGACAAAGCCAUGAAACUGGAGCAGGAAUUUGGAGAAUAUUUUACAGCCAUUGUACAAGGAGACUCUCUGGAAGAGAUUUACAGUAAAAUCAAACAGAUAAUAGAAGACCAAUCUGGGCAUUAUAUUUGGGUCCCAUCCCCUGAGAAACUGUGAAGUCUCCACUUUCCAAUCAACUUGUGAGAAGAUCAGAGACCCCUCCCCCAGCCCCCUGCCCUUGGGGGUGGGGAGCAUGAAGACCAUCCCUGUCCCUUUUUUAGAUGGUUGACAAUUGAGUUUUCUAGUCCUGUUUUCUUUUUCUUGGGAUGGACCAAUCUCCUUCAUCAAGUGACUGUCCCCACCCGUUCCUGCAUGGACCUUCCUGUUGCUCCUUUAGAAAUGGAGGCAAACCCCAUUUGAGAGUUUUGUGUGUUUUUUUAAUUAAAAAAAAUUACUAUCAAGAGUUGAAAUAAAGAAGCAAGAUGGGAGGUAGCAGAUGAGGACUAGCUUAAAAGAGCCACCAAGGCAACAGAUAAGGACACUGUCUGCCCCUGUAAACAUGCUGAGGACUGGCAACCUGGGGCAGCUUGCAGUGUUCACCCAGCACUGUGAUGGAAGGGAAGGCAACAGAAUGCAUAUAAAAUUAAAAACAUGAGGGGGGCUGCUUAAGUGGUACUUUGUUAGUGCAAGAAUUAUAUUACUGUCAUAUCUCAGCCAUGUGGCCUAGAAACCCUAUUGUGGCUGAGGGUGGAUUUAAAGGUACCAAGUGUUUGGUUUCUUUGGGUGCUGCUGAGUGUUUUUUUGGAAAUCCAAUUUUGUAGGGAAGGCUGCGUUUGGAAAGAACUGCAACUGGCGCUGUGGUUGUGAUGUGUGCAGAGAACCCAGGACCACAUGUGAAGCUUCAGCAGUUGAUUUGAGCACCAUAAAGCAAAUUGAAAAUGCUACCUAUUGCACCUUGUUUUAUGUCACCUGAUGUGUUUGCAUGAGAGGUUUCUUCUGGGUUUUUGGUUUUUUUUUAAGCUGGCGUUAAACCAAAAUCAUGUUUG